AUGGCAGCUCAGAUGACUGAUGCUCACCGGCGGUUCUUGCAAGUCCUGAUGUCGCAUGGGAUAAUGGAAGGGUCAGAGGCUAGGAAACUGCACCGGCGCUGCUGUGAAAUUGAUAAAGCCUACUACGCGCACGAUAAACUGGAUGAUUUCGUCAGUGUCAUCAACAGCCACCUCCAGCCGCUGUUCAUGCAGGUCCGCAAGGGCAUGUCGGAGGGCGACGGGCGGGUGCACUACGCUUUGGUGAAUUUGGCAGAAACUGAAAUAACUAAAAUGGCAUCUGACUAUACCGAAAACGAGUUGGAAUUGUUCAGAAAAACGAUGGACCUAAUCAUUUUAUCAGAAAGCGGCUUUGCCUCUUCUACAGAUAUUUUAAACUUGGCUGACCAACUUAAGACAAAGAAAAUGAAGAAAAAGGAGGCGGAACAAGUGCUGAAAGUUUUUGUGGAGGAUAAGUGGCUCUCUGAGAGAAACGGAGAAUACACCCUGCACACGCGCUGCAUAAUUGAGAUGGAACAGUACAUCCUCAGCAACUACCAAGACGUGGCAAGGAAGUGCAACAUCUGCCACAGCCUGGCCAUCCAGAGCCAAGUCUGCGAGUCCUGCGGAACGGGAAUGCAUUUACCUUGCGUCAGGAAGUACUUCAGAGCUCAGACAGAACGACGCUGCCCGCAUUGCAACGACCUCUGGUCUUGCGACAUUCCAGGCAGGAGUCAGAUGGACUCCUCGUCUCCUUCAAAAUCGGGGAGGUCAGAGAAGAGCCCCGUUCUCAGCACCAGACGAUGCUCGUGA